AUGGAUUAUAAGUCGGAAGACAAGGCCGUGAUGUUGUUGACAUCCUUGCCUCCAUCUUAUAAGCAGUUUUGCAUGACGCUUAUGUUCGACAAGGGAACUUUGAAGUAUGAAGCGGUCAUGCAAGACAUACUGACGCAUGAUAGGAUGCUUCAACGUUUUGGAGAUAGCCCUCAAGGUGAAGGUCUCGUGGCAAGGACUGGACGACGAGGUCAUUCAAGCAAGCGCGGAGGCAAGUAUAGCAAUGAUGGGAAUUCUAGAUCCAAGGACAAUGAAAUGUGCUUCGAGUGUGGGUCUAAGGACCAUUGGAAGUGGAAUUGUCCGGUAUGGAAGGAGACGUGGAAAAAGAUGAAGAAUGCCGAAAGUUUAGGUGUAGCAAACAUGUCAACUUGUUAUGACACUGAUGAAGAACUUUUGACGGUUACGGAUUAA